ACAUCCUCAUCAUCUUUCUAUUAUUAUUAUUGUUAUUAUUAUUAUUAUUGUUAUUAUUAUUAGGGUGAACGAGCUGCAGGACCCCACGUAUCAGUACAAAGUGGACAUCCAGAACUUCCAGGGCAUGAAGAUCUUCUUCCUGCUGCUGGUGUCUGUGUAUGUGCUGUAUCUGCUGUUCCUGGUGCUGCGCGCCUGCUCCGAGCUCAAGAACACACCCUACACAGACCUGCGUCUGAAGUUCCUGACGGCGCUGACACUGCUGGUGCUGCUGAUCAGUCUGCUCAUCCUGUACCUGAGGUUCGGAUCUAAAGCUCUGCAGGAUAACUUCGUCUCUGAACUCUCCACUCACUACCAGAACUCAGCUGAGUUCCUGUCCUUCUACGGUCUGCUGAACUUCUAUCUCUACACGCUAGCGUUCGUCUACUCGCCCUCCAGGAGCGCUCUGUACGACUCGCAGCUGAAGGACAAUCCUGCCUUCUCCAUGCUCAACGACUCAGAUGAUGAGGUGAUUUACGGGAGUGAUUAUGAGGAGAUGCCUCUUCAGAACGGCCGCGCCAUCAAAGCCAGCGCCAGACACCAGGAUGAGAGCGAGAGCGACUGAAAGCGGAGUGACUCCGGAUCGCUGCUGAUGUGUGUGAACAGAUUUUAAAGCUACAGUGUUGUGUGUUUGGAGGCCGGCUGUGACUGAAGAUCAGUGUUUCUGGGGUCGCCUCUAAAUAAAGGAGAAGAAUGAAAUGUGUUUAUUCUCCAGAAGCACAUCUCAGUCCUGUAACGAGGAAGAUCACACACGACGAACAAACCUUCAGUUCAGUCACAGUGAUGGAAGGUGUACGUUUACAGAAUGUAUUUAAGUAUAAACACAAAAAAAGUGUAAAUAUUUUCAUAUAAAUGUUUUUUUUUUUUUUUUUUUUGCAAUGCAGUAAUGACAGUGUAGGGUGAAAUGUGUUUAAUUGUCAUGAAAAGAAGUGUAUUAAGGGUCUCAGAUUAUUUUUUCGUUAGAUUUCCGAGUGAUAUUUCUGGGAACUUCUUGACCGUGUUUAAGCCUCGUUUCUUCUCCAUGAAUGAUGCAGAGAAGUGAUUAUGUGCAUUUAUUUCUGAUGAUUUCUGCCUCGUUUGAGCCGUUUUGCCAAGAUCCAGAUCCUGUGUGAAUUCUCUUCUCACAUUCCUUUUUUUUACGUUUCUCUCUUGCUGUCUGUUUUUGUGUAUUUCUGAUUCUGAUCACUUCCUGUUUGAAGCUGUAAUGAUGGGACUGGACUGUGCUCCUGAAGCGAUGUUUGUAGACGUGUGUGAUGAUGAUGAUGAUGAUGAUGUGAUCACUGGACUUCAUCAUCCCUCGGUCCAGACGUCCAGCUUCUGAAUGUGGAAUAAAAGCUCCAGAUGUUUUCCA